AAUGGGCUCCGCCCGCCUCCCAACGCGGAAGUGGCCAGACCCGAACCGGGACUCUCCGGGCUCAUGGCGCCGGCUGGGCUGAAGGCGGUGGUGGGCGAGAAGAUUCUGAAUGAUGUCAUCCGCAGCAUGAAGAAGGAAGGAGAAUGGAAGGUGCUUGUUGUGGACCAUUCCAGCACACGGAUUCUCUCUUCUUGUUUUAAGAUGUCAGAUCUUUUGGCUGAAGGGAUCACAAUUAUUGAAGAUAUUAACAAGCGCCGAGAGCCCCUCCCCAGCCUGGAAGCCAUCUAUUUGAUCAGCCCCAUUGAGACGUCAGUGCAAGCUCUGAUAAAUGACUUCAAAGGCACUCCCACCUUCACAUACAAAGCUGCUCAUGUUUUCUUCACUGACACCUGUCCUGACAACCUCUUUGAUGAGCUCAGCAAGUCCCGAAUCAUCAAAGCCAUCAAAACACUCAAGGAAAUCAAUGUUGCCUUCCUUCCUUAUGAGUCACAGGUGUAUUGUCUGGAUAACCCGCAGAGCUUCUGCCAUCUUUUCAGCCCGCAGUGCAAGGAAGAGAAAAACAAUCACUUGGAGAAGAUGGCAGAGCAGAUUGCCACCUUAUGUGACACCCUCAAAGAAUACCCCUCCAUUCGCUACAGGAAUGGCUCUGAAGACUGCUGCCUGUUGGCCCAUGCCGUGCUAGCCAAGCUGAAUGCCUUCAAAGCAGACAACCCUACCAUGGGAGAGGGGCCUGACAAAUCUCGUUCACAGCUUCUGAUUGUAGACCGGAGCUACGACCUGGUGUCCCCACUUUUGCAUGAGCUCACUUUCCAGGCCAUGGCCUAUGACCUGCUCAACAUUGAAAGCAACACUUACCGGUAUGAAUCCACGGGCAUCAGUGACUCAAAGGAAAAAGCUGUACUCUUGGAUGAUGACGAUGACCUGUGGGUGCAGCUGCGCCACAUGCACAUUGCCGACGUAUCCAAGAAAGUGACUGAGCUGUUGCGUACCUUCUGCGAGAGCAAGAGGCUUACCACAGACAAGGCCAACCUUAAGGACCUGUCUCAAAUCCUGAAGAAGAUGCCCCAGUACCAGAAGGAACUUAAUAUGUAUGCCACACAUCUGCACCUGACCGAGGAUUGCAUGAAUGCGUUCAAGGGCACAGUGGAAAAGCUAUGCAGCAUGGAGCAGGACUUGGCCACAGGCGCAGAUGUUGAAGGGCAGAAAGUCAAAAACCCUAUGCAGACAAUUGUGCCGAUUGUUCUAGAUCACAACGUGGAGCCAUUAGAUAAGAUUCGCAUCAUCCUGCUUUGCAUCUUCCUCCAGAAUGGCAUCAAAGAGGAGAACCUUACCAAGCUCAUCCAGCAUGCCAACAUACAGCAAGAGAGGGGCAUCCUCUACAACAUGCACUUACUGGGUGCCGCCCUCAUGCCAGAGGAGCCUGGUGGACUCGUAAAACCUGUGAGGAAAGUGCGGUUGGAGCCUACAUACCAGCUCUCUCGAUGGGUCCCUGUUCUUAAGGAUGUCAUGGAGGAUGCCGUAGAGGACAAGCUAGACAAGUCGUCGUGGCCCUACGUGUCUUGCCCAGCCCCAGGUCCGUGCACUCAAACUGCUGUGAGUGCACGCUUUGGUCACUGGCACAAGACAAAGACGGCGACUGAGUACCGGACUGGGCCCCGCCUCAUUCUGUACGUGCUGGGUGGAGUUACAAUGUCUGAAAUGCGCUGUGCCUAUGAAGUCACGGAGGCCACGGAGGGGAAGUGGGAGGUGCUGAUUGGUUCCUCCCACAUCCUGACUCCAAAGCAGUUCCUAGAAGAUGUGCAGAAUCUGACUCCGCAGAUGCCACCGAAGCACUAAACCCGCCUCCAACCCAUAAGAGACUUCCUGACAGCAGUUCUAUUUAUCUGCCCAGAUAAUCCCCAUUUCCCCUCUACAAGAUGCCUUCCUUUUUUCAUACACCAGUCUUUGCCUCUUUGUCUUUAAUGAGCUCGAUACUGGAAGGGCCUAGUCAAAUAUCCAAGUCAAAGAUGAGGGUCCCAUAUCUCUUUCUGUGGGGGAGAUUUUUCUGGUUGCACUUUAUUUUCCUCUCUUUUGCCUCCCCACCUGAUGGGGCCCUGAAGAAUAUAAAUACUUUCUUUCUUCCCCCAGCCCACCUCCCACCAUCAAUAGUUAUUUGCUCCUUCAGAUGGUGAGGAGGAAUUCCAAGAAGUGAAUUCCUUUGGCACUUAGAUGUGUGUCUGAGGUUCUGAUUCUUUCUGCCUUUGCAAAGUGAUUGACUCCUGGAAAUUGCUUUUGUUAUUGUUUUGGGGAAACAUUUUCCAGACUGUUCAUCCCCACUUGUUAUCUUCAGGGAAACAUGAAGCGCAAUGGGCAUUGCUGGGUGCCCAACAUGGUGUGCCUAGCAGCUAUACUGACUGACACCUGGUGUAAGAUAGGAAUAAUUGCUACUUUUACCCAAUCAGGGAAGAUGCAUAUAUAUGAAAGUGGGGGUAGGUGCUAUUUGAAUCACAUUGUUGUAUGGCUCUGCUAUAGAAUCUCACUCUUCAGGAAAAAAAUGUGAAAAUUAAGAUUAUCUGUCUGCAUCUUGUAUACUCUGUAAACCAGUUUGUAUCAUGAGGAUAAAUGGAAGAUGGUACACUGAGACAA